GCUAAAUUGCCCGACGCGCUCUCGCUAGAUACGACCCUAGAUCGUAAGCCGCUAUGCAUCGCAACCACUUGAGACACGGAGAGGAGGUACAACAUCAAUAUCUACAACGCCCUCGUCCCCACUCAUUCAAGCUUGUAUGCACGGUAGCCUUCAUCAAUCUGGCUCCUCGAAAAACACAACACACCAUAGCCUCGAAUCACGUGCAUCACACUUACCGCACCAUCCAGCUCGCAUCUGCGAUCGUUUUCGUAAUAGGUACGACUGCCUACUCAAGCACACACGACCACCUUCAUCCGCCUUCCCACUACCAUCCAUGUCAACCUCGACCUCUCCUCCGAACCCACACUUCGACCUAACAGGUCCAACAUGCCCGCCACCUCAUCCGAAACCUGCGAACAAGUCUUCCAUGUCAUGCUCAAUGCGAAUUUGCGGUGCUUCGCCAAGCACAUAAUACGGCACGCCCGCUGACCCGACUUUGCUCGUUUUCAACGACUAUUGACCCAGCACCAACCAAGACGAGAAUGACGACAAGAACAUCACAAGUUACAUGCUGCCUACAGGCUUCAUCAG